AUGGCGUUUCUUUGCCUGAGGGGUCUUGCUAUGUUCUCUGACAGCCGUCUGUCGAGCACGGACCAAAUACGACUUAUCAAAAUUAUUGAAACAAACUCAAGGAACGGUGCAAGAUUUUCCGCCGCGUGUGAUAAUGAAUUACCAGUUUCUGAGGCUCAAGCGUUGUUAUUUGCUGAUGAUGGAGCUUGUGAUGAAGCAUCAUCCUUCGCCGAAGAGGUGAAUUUGCCUCCUAACUCGACAGCAGUUAGAGACCAGCUACAGCUCCUUGAACCAUGCGCAGGAGACGAGGCCCUGGAUGUGUUUUACCCUAUCCAGGUAGAAAAUCUGCUUUCGGAUCAACGAGUGGAGACAUCAGAGCCGCCAAACUUCCAGCAGGGAGAUUGUGCACUUCACAAUGGAUUGAGUUCACCUACCCCAGAACCAGCAGUACAAGAAUCACCACUAUCAGCAGAAAGCUCAAUGGGUUAUCCAGUACAAGAGAGUGAUCAGGAUGUUCGAGGUAGUCACCUGGUGCAAGAGACGUUAGGCCUGCGGCUACUGAGAGGAUAUGAUCAAUCUCGAUGUCAGCAGCAAACCAACGAUUUCCAAGUAAAUGGUGUGAGUUCCCUCGGCGAGAAUGACCAAGCAAUUCAGCAAAGCUGUACUAUGCAAGAAAUGCGAUUGUGGAAAAAGGAAACUACCAGGACCAAGCCACAAAAAGCCACAAAGGGAAUGAAUGCACGAGAUGCAUUUUUCAUAGCAGAGAUUACUGAGGUUAGCCAGCAUCGCUAUGUUGAUGCCAAUGGAAGCACAACUGCUGUCUUCACCUGUCCUAUCAAAACCGAUCGCUAUGGAUACAAGCUUGGCUUGAGGAUAUACCUCAAUGGCGUAGGUGAUGGAAGAGGCAGGUUUGUCGCCAUCUUUGUGCACAUGAUGAUGGGGAAGUAUGACAACUUUGAAGUAAGGUGGCCUUUUACUCAGAGGAUCACGCUGUCCAUUAUAGAUCAGAGUGGUGCCGAACGCCAUUUAAGCCAAAUCCUUCAAGCUCAGCCUAACAUGAUAGCCUUUCAGAAGCCAACAGAAGAGAUAAGUCGUACGGGAUGCGGUUUUGUAAAUUUUGCUUCCAUAGAAGAAGCAUUUAGUCAUGCUUAUGUAAAAGAUGACAAGCUCUUUCUUAAAAUUGAGUUUUCUCCCUAACUGCUACAUAACGUGCUACUCUCUACACACUCGACUGCAAAACUUUAAGUCUAAAAAA